AUGGCAAGCAGAAUUAGAUCUGGAAGCAUUAGGACUAGAGGUGGAGCUCAACGAGCAAUUCCAACACCACCAACUGAAGAGAUUGGCGAGCAUGAACUGCCAAUGGAAUUGAAUGUGGCACAACCUCGGGAAGAGCAUCCUUCGAUAGAUUCACAUGAUGGACUCAAUAGGAGUAGUGCUGCUUCAUGUUCCAAUAGAAAAAGAACACGUGGACAAACGAUGGGUAUAAAGUGGGCCAAGAAAAGAAAAAGUGAAAAGGUCAAACCAUCGCUAGAGAUUCCAAAGGACUUACGACGUGUAGUUGGUGACAACGCCCAACAAUUCAUCACAGAGACAUCUCAAAUAGUCAAACAACAUGCUCCCUUGAAUGUUGAGAAGUGGAGUAAAAUUCCUACUUAUAUCAUUGAUAAGAUGAUUCAACUUGUUAAUGAGAAAUUUAACCUUCCGGAUGAACUUCACACUCUUGGUGUCAUUAUACAACAACUUCGUGAUCAUUUCAAUGCGUGGCGUUAUCGCUUGUAUAGAUUUCACUAUAAGAAGUAUAAGACUGAUGAGCAAAGGCGUGCUCAUUGCCCAAAUGACAUUGAUCAAGAGGAUUGGAAUUGGCUUAUUAACUAUUGGAGUGAUCCAAAGUUCAAGCGUGUUAGUGAGGCAAACAAAGCAAAUAGAGCCAAACAAACUAUGAUUGCUCGUGUGGGUACAAUGUCUAUUGCUAGGAAUAUACAUAAAAUGAGGGAACCCAUAGAAAACUUAACACCAGAGCAAAUACAAGAGAUAGAGCAAAAGCCUGAAUAUAUGAGACUCUGGGAAAAGGUGAGAAGGAAAAGAGAUGGCAGUUGGGUUGACAAAGAUGCUGAAGAUGCAUAUAAGAGAAUGGAAGAACUUCAUGGCGACCAAUUAAGACAGUACGGAAAGGACACGCUCUCUACAGAACGAGCAUAUACAUUAGUACUUGGCCAUCGAUCUAGCUACAUCCGUGGUAUGGGCUCAGGUCCUAUUCCUUUUGAAAGUGGCGGUACUAGAGGACAAAGGAUUCGUGCGCAAAUACGAGCAGAAAUAGAACAAGAAAUGGCUGUACGAAUUCAAACCGAAGUGGAAGAACGAAUGAGCCAAAGGGAAAGAGAAGCUGAGACACGAAUUGCUGAAAUGCAAGCACAGAUGCGUGCUGAGAUGCAAUCUCAGAUGCGUAGCAUGAUGGAGCAGCUUUCACAAAUGGGAUUGACCAUUCCUACUCAACAAGCAUCGAAAGAGAAUGAUUAA